AAAAAAAAGGAACACAAGCACAUAAGGCACGAGUUCCAACUUCCUAGUUCAGUUGGAGUAUCAGGGCUCAGGAGAACACUUGGCUUCAACUGAAAUAGGAGCCCACUUUCGGAGCUUCCUCAACUGACUAAAGUCACUCAGAUCAAGUAGGAAGAUAAAAUUCGCAUCAUGUCAUCCAAGCCUUUGGACUAUGAAAAUUUAAACAAAAAUGUCAAGGAGUGUCAGUAUGCUGUAAGAGGUGAGCUGUAUCUUCGGGCUUCUGAGCUUCAGAAGGAAGGGAAAAAGAUAAUCUUUACAAAUGUUGGCAAUCCUCAUGCCCUUGGACAGAAGCCCUUAACGUUUCCUCGCCAGGUUAUUGCACUCUGCCAAGCUCCAUUUUUGCUGGAUGACCCUAAUGUUGGGUUAGUAUUCCCUGCUGAUGCUAUUGCUAGGGCUAAACAUUUUCUCUCAAAUGACUAUCAGGGAUUAGGUGCUUACAGUGACUCACGUGGGAUUCCUGGAGUAAGGAAAGAGGUAGCUGAGUUCAUUGAGAGACGAGAUGGUUAUCCAAGUGACCCAGAGCUUAUAUAUCUCACUGAUGGUGCCAGCAAAGGAGUUAUGCAGAUCCUGAAUGCAAUUAUUCGUGGUGAAGGUGAUGGGGUAUUGGUUCCUGUUCCACAAUAUCCUCUUUACUCAGCCACAAUAUCUUUGUUGGGUGGCACUCUUGUUCCCUAUUACCUUGAAGAGACUGCAAACUGGGGUCUUGAUGUUAAUAACCUACGUCAGUCGGUUGCACAGGCUCGCUAUAAAGGAAUAACUGUACGAGCAAUGGCGAUUAUAAACCCUGGAAACCCAACUGGACAAUGUCUCAGUGAAGCUAAUCUAAAAGAUGUAGUAAAAUUUUGUUACCAAGAAAAUUUAGUAUUGCUUGGUGAUGAAGUUUACCAGCAGAAUAUUUACCAGGAUGAACGAACCUUUAUAAGUGCCAGGAAGGUUUUGAUGGAUAUGGGCCCACCCAUAAAUAAAGAGCUCCAGCUCGUGUCUUUUCACACAGUCUCAAAAGGAUAUUGGGGUGAAUGUGGACAGCGUGGUGGAUACUUCGAGAUGACAAACAUUCCUCCCAAGUCUGUUGAGGAGAUCUACAAGGUUGCUUCGAUAGCACUGAGUCCAAAUGUCCCUGGUCAGAUUUUUAUGGGCCUGAUGGUCAAUCCCCCAAAGCCUGGAGAUAUCUCCUAUGAGAGAUAUGUUAGAGAGAGCAAAGCUGUACUCGAGUCACUGAGAAAGCGGGCACAUAUAAUGACUGAUGGAUUUAACAGCUGCAGAAAUGUUGUUUGUAACUUCACUGAAGGUGCCAUGUAUUCCUUCCCUCAGAUCCGCUUACCUCCAAAAGCAAUUGAGGCCGCUAAGAAGGCUGGAAAAGUUCCUGAUGUCUUCUACUGUCUUAAGCUUUUAGAAGCCACUGGCAUCUCCACCGUCCCAGGUUCAGGGUUCGGCCAAAAGGAAGGGGUAUUCCACCUGAGGACAACAAUCUUGCCAGCUGAGGAAGAUAUGCCUGCCAUUAUGGCCAGUUUCAAAAAGUUCAAUGAUGAAUUUAUGGAGCAAUAUGAAGACCACAAAGGCUAUUCAAGAAUGUAAAUGAAGGAGAAAGAGAUAUUUGUAUGUAUGCUGUCCUCAGCUGCAACAAGCUCACAAAUCUUCUCAAUUGCUGUAGGAAAUUUAUUUGAAUACUGACUGAAUCUAUAUCCUCUGUCUCUCUUUUGCAAAAGAAAUUGAUUAGCUAUUUCCAGCUCUAAGAUAUCCCUGUUACCUGGGGGACUUUUAGGUUAUGCAUCA